CUUCGAUCCCUACGUUCACUAUCGUCUACACCGGGGCCGUUAGCGCGAUGUCUGGAAAAGGCCAUCAGCCAUCCGCCUCUCGGCGUCAGAAAGGGAAGUUUCCCGCCUACCAACUCUUUUCCCGUGCUCCGCAGUCGUCACACGCAUUAGGGCCUGUACCUGAAAUUCAGAUCGACGGUCCCUCAGGAACCCAGAGCCUCGGUGAUAUCCGGAGCAGUGGACAUGAUGGGUCAAUAGGGUCUCACCCCGAGCGAUCUCUUGCGAUCGUACCAACUGCGGCGUCUUCCCGCAGCCUUGGUGGCUCGGAGACAUCGCCACUCCGCCGUACAAUCAAGUGGUUUGGGAAAUGGUCAAGUUCCAAUCGCCGCAGGCCAACUCUCUCCCAUCCAGGACUAUCUGUGGCAAAUACACGUCUUCAUCCAGCUCCUGACACCUCGUGGCUGUCUCAUCUCUGCCCUGAACAGAAUGUUGGUAACCCUCCGUCAACGCCCAGCAUCCCGACUACAAUCGACACCAUUCCGAGUCUUCACUCACAGCUGGAAAGCAUCGGAUCGGACCCAGAGGUGUUAGGGCCAACGGGCCCACCGCCUGCCCUAGCUGGCGAUAGAAAGAAACCGAUUAUUAUUGGCACCACGAAGCUCCUUCUACAGGCUGCUACGUUUGCUCUCAAGGCCUCUCCCAUUCCGCUUCUGGGAGAGAUUCCAAAUUUGCUCCUGUCGUUUCUCCAAGUUUACGAGGUUUGAGC